AUGGCGUUGGAAAAUAAUCCUCCCUCCUGCGUAAAAUGGCGUUUGUAUUGCAGGCCAGUAAUGCUUUUUCUGCUGUUCCUGUGGUGUUUCGGUCACAUCGUAUCCGGCCAAAUAAGGUAUACAAUUCCAGAGGAGAUGAAAAAAGGCUCAGUUAUUGGUAAUGUAGCUCAAGACCUUGGAUUAGAUGUGCAAAGGCUCCGUUCUGGCCGUGCCCGUAUCGUGACCGGACAAAGCAUCCAGUACACCGAGCUGAAAACAGACAAAGGCAUCCUAGUCGUGAACGAGAGAAUAGACCGAGAGCAGCUCUGUGGUGACGUGACACCGUGCAGCUUCAGCUUUGAGGUUAUUUUAGAAAAUCCGAUGGAGCUGCACCGAAUAACAGUGGAAAUAACUGACAUAAAUGAUAACUCUCCUACCUUUGCAAACGAUGAAAUCACAUUUGAAAUAAGUGAGUCAGCUGCACUGGGGUCGCGCUUUUUAUUAGCUAGUGCGGAGGACGCAGAUGCGGGCAGUAACGCUCUGCAGAAAUAUAUUCUAUCUGCCAAUGACAUAUUUAAUUUGAAGCAACACUCAAGUCCGGAUGGUCGAAAAUAUGCCGAGAUGAUUUUACAAAAACCAUUAGACAGAGAAACCGAGCCAAAAAUAUCCCUGAGGCUCAUCGCUGUUGAUGGUGGAACUCCGCAUAGAUCCGGUACAGUAAAUAUAUAUAUUACAGUGCUUGAUAUUAAUGAUAAUCCCCCCGUAUUUAACCAGUCUCUAUACAGGGCUGCUGUUCAUGAAAAUGCUUCAAAAGGCACCUAUAUCGCCACAGUGAAUGCAAGUGAUGCAGACAGUGGAUCAAACGGUCAGGUAACAUAUAGGUUUUCAAAUAUGAAAGCGCAGCUGGCAGACAUAUUUCAUUUAGACAGCACAACAGGAACCAUUAUUCUGUCAGGGCAAGUGGAUUAUGAAAGAGAUAAGAAAUACGAAAUUAUGAUUGAGGCUAUGGACCAAGGAGGUUUGACAGAUUCCAGCAAGGUGCUGAUCGAGAUUAUAGACGUAAAUGAUAACGCACCUGUCAUAAAUGUGAUGUCAUUCUCUAGCCCAGUGCCGGAGGAUUCUCCCGUGGGCACCACAGUUGCAAUAAUUAAUGUGAUUGACGCAGACUCAGAACAAAAUGGUCACAUUAUUUGCACAACAGACAGAAGCCUCCCUUUUAAAAUAAAAUCAACAUUAACGAAUUACUAUGCAUUAUUAACGGAGUCACGUUUUGACAGAGAAGUUGUGCCAGAGUACAACAUAACUGUUAGGGCGGCCGAUUCAGGAUCACCAUCUUUGUCAACUACAACAAUAUUACGGUUGAAAAUCUCUGACGUGAAUGACAACGCCCCGUCAUUUGAUCAAAUUAGCUACAUUGCUCACGUGGCAGAAAACAAUUCCCCUGGAAUGUCUAUAUUUUCCGUGAAGGCACGAGAUAUUGAUUGGAAUCAAAACGCCAGAAUUUCGUAUUUUCUAGAGGAAACACAGAUCAGUGGGAAUCCAACCUCGUCCUACGUCUCCGUUAACAGUGAAACUGGAGUUAUUCAUGCAGUGCGCUCGUUUGAUUAUGAGCAAAUUAAAGAUCUUCAGCUAGUGGUGAAAGCUCAAGAUGGAGGCUCUCCUCCACUCAGUAGCAACGUGACUGUGAAAAUAGUGAUCCAGGACCAGAACGAUAACCCCCCUCAGGUUCUGUACCCAGUCCAGACUGGUGGCUCUCUGGUGGCUGAACUGGUGCCUCGUUCAGCAGAUGUGGGCUAUCUGGUCACUAAAGUGGUGGCUGUUGAUGUGGACUCUGGACAGAAUGCCUGGCUCUCCUAUAAACUGCAGAAAGCCACAGACAGGGCGCUGUUUGAAGUGGGCUCACAGAAUGGAGAAAUAAGAACGAUCCGCCAAGUCACUGAUAAAGACGCAGUGAAACAAAGACUGAGUGUUAUAGUGGAGGACAACGGGCAGCCCUCUCGUUCAGCUACGGUCGUUGUUAACGUGGCGGUGGCGGACAGCUUCCCGGAAGUGCUGUCGGAGUUCACUGACUUUACGCACGACAAGGAGUACAACGACAACCUGACUUUUUACUUAGUUUUGGCUCUGGCUGUAGUUUCCUUCCUCUUCAUCACGUGUGUAGUGGUUAUAAUCUCAGUGAAAAUCUACAGAUGGAGACAGUCUCGCGUCCUGUAUCACUCCAACCUCCCUGUGAUUCCAUAUUAUCCACCACGUUACUCAGACACUUUGGGGACAGGGACUCUCCAACACGUGUACAAUUACGAGGUGUGCAGGACGACUGACUCCAGAAAGAGUGACUGUAAGUUCAGCGGAGCUGGUAGUCAGAACGUGCUGAUCAUGGACCCCAGUGCUACAGGGACGAUGCAGCGGAUACAGAGUGAAAAGAGCAUCCUGGAUGAACCAGACUCUCCUCUAGAGGUUAGUUAA